AGCAAGAGCCCACACUCCCUACACAGCUAAAUAGUGUAAACAAAUCAGCUGCACAGCGCAAAAGAAACACAGCUCGCAAAAUGGAGGAGCAGUCGGACGAUGAGAACUUUGAGCCAAAGACUAAGAAGAUCAAGCGCGAUUGGCUCAACAGCUAUUGCUAUUCAAACAAGGCCAUGGGCAUGAUGAAGAAAAUGGGCUACGAGGAUGACAAGGGUCUGGGUAAGAGCAACCAGGGUCGCCUCGAGCCCGUCAUUGCCGUGCAGCAGGAUGGGCGUCGUGGCUUUGGCCUGAAGCUGAAUACCGACCAUUGGUCGGCGGGAAAAUGGGAUCCGAGUCUGGAGGACCUGGAAAUACCGGAAUCGCUGAUUUGGCUUAAGCAGGAGGGCAACAAUUGUGGCGCCUACACGCUGGAGCAGCUGAUGAUGCAAAUGGUGACCGGCCCGCGCAAGCUCACCAUCGACGACGAGACCCAAUUCUGUGAUCCCGAGAUCUUGAAGCACAUACUUAGUGCAAAAACAGUUUUUGACAGCUUGAACGAUACAGAGAAGCGUCGGGCACGCUCUCGCUGCAAUCCGUUCGAGACGAUUCGCUGCUCCAUCUUUCUGAAUCGUGCCGCUGUCAAGAUGGCCAACAUAGACUCGUUGUGCCAAUACAUGUUCACCGAUCCGCGGGACAAGAAUGGCCAAUCGUUGAUCGGUCCGAACGAGCUGCUCUACUUUGCGGAUAUGUGCGCGGGACCUGGCGGCUUCUCCGAGUACGUGCUCUACCGCAAGUCUUGGGAGGCGCGCGGUUUUGGGUUCACGCUGCGCGGCUCGAAUGACUUCAAGCUGGAAAAGUUUUUCGCCGCCUCGCCGGAGUCGUUUGACACAUUCUACGGCGUAAAGGACGACGGCGACAUAUUCAACACAAGCAAUCAGAACUCCCUGAACGACUACAUACGCAAGCACACACCGCAAGGCGUCCACUUCGCCAUGGCCGACGGCGGCUUCUCGGUGGAGGGGCAGGAGAACAUCCAGGAGAUCCUCUCCAAGCAGCUAUAUCUCUGUCAAUUCAAUACGGCCCUGAAGAUCUUGCGCGUCGGCGGCAGCUUUGUGUGCAAGCUGUUCGACCUGUUCACGCCAUUCAGCGUCAGCCUCGUCUACCUGAUGUAUAAGUGCUUCCAGCAGAUAGCCAUACUUAAGCCGAACAGCAGCCGUCCGGCCAACUCGGAGCGCUACAUCAUUUGCAAGUACAAGCUGCCGGACACGGAGGCCAUCAUUAGCUACCUGGACCACGUGAAUGAGGUGCUGAAUGUGGCGAACGGACAGAAGCACCAGGAGGAUAUUGUGGACGUGGUUGAGCUGUUCAAUCACAACGAGAUGGUGCAGGACGUGCACUUCAUGGAGUACAUUAUUGAUUCGAACAAUGUCAUUGGCAGGAAGCAGAUCGUCGGGCUGCGCAAGAUAGCGGCAUUUGCACAGAACCCGGAGCUAAAGGAGGCCCGCCAGUCGGAGGUGCGCCAGGAGUGCCUCAAGUGCUGGGGACUGCCCGACAAGCUGCGCCAGGCGCCGGAGGUGAAGCCGACGGAGCGCCUGCUCGAGGAGCUGCUUUGCGACUGGGCCUUCGAUCGCAAGUGGAUGAACAUGCCAGCCAACGAGCUGAAGUCCGAGAGGCAGCUGCACAGCGAGAAGCUGAACGUGAACGACUGGCACUUCAUGCCCAUUGGACGCGGCGAGAACAACAUCAACGGCUGCACCCUCUUCCUGUGCAAGUCGCGCGGCAACCUGUGGCGCUACACGGACCACCGCAAGUGGGAGCAGGUCGAGUCCACCUUCAAUAUCCAGCCACGCACCGUAUUCUUCGGCGAGAUCGCGUUCGAGUACACCGGCGAGGCGCGCACUUCGCAGAGCGUCUCGGCGCUCCACAUCAUGGAUGCCAUCUGCUUGGGCGGCAUCGAUAUACGGCGGCGCCCGUUCCUCGAGCGCGUCAGCAUGUGUGAGAAGUUUGCGCGCAGCUUGAACAAGCCGUACAAGCAGGAGCGUACGUGCGGCACCAUCCGUUGCAAGCCGCUCUUCCGGCUCCAGGACAUGGAUAAAUUCUUCGGCCAGAUGCGUCCGUACACGCUCAAGGACAACUCGCAGCGCCUGGGCUUCAUGUUCGACGAUCACAAGUUCUUCGUGCCCGGCGGCGUCCUCCUCUUCUGCGAACUGACGGUCAGCUAUGUGACCGCCUAUUCGCGGUCUCACCAUCAGAUAUACUACUUCAAUACCAGCACGAACGAGUCGCUGUUCAAGGACCAAAUCAAUCCUUCGCGCCUUAAUGAGAUCUUUUCGUCGUUCCGCCACAGCUACAUGAGGCGCAAACUCUGGAAGUGGACCAGCACACUGCAGGUGGACCCAUGCGCCACCGAAGAGCAUCCAAAUAUUCUGUAUCGCAGCAAUUUCGAGCAGUUCAUCCGUAAGAAGCUAAUGCCACCCCACCACAAUUCCAAUCCUAAUGCUAAUGCCAAUCCCAACACUAAUCCUAAUGCCAAUGAAAAUCACAGUCAACUUAGAAGCUAAGCUCGGAUUUCGUGGAGUGAAUUCGAUUUUAAAAGAUUUUUAUUCAUCUU